GAGGCAUAUGACCACUCCAGUGCAGGGCAGUGGCUAGUGUGAGGGAAAUGAUUAGCAAUGCAAAGUCAUGGUGCUAUGAUACUCUGGUUCAAAGUCACAGAUUGACAACAAAAAAUCUGUUAAUGUUGACCUAAAUAUUUCUGGAUGUUCUUUGUUCCAAACUACAGCUGACGGACGGACGGUAAGUCUGCUUCAUCUCGGACCGCGCUGAGGACAAGAUGUGUGUUGUGUUCUGAUGGAUGUGUCUGUAUUGUGGGUAGUUUGUUCUCUAUGUGUUGUUUCUGAAGGGUAUUGCGAAUGUACAGUUACUGAUGCAACUGUGACACUCCAGCAAGUACGUUUUUCUUGAUGAAUUUUUUAACAAAAUCAGCCCUUUAUAUGGUGAUGAUCAACCAAAGUAGUAUUUUGCAGUCACUGAGUCAUGUUUAUGGUCAAUAAGUGGACUUUGCACCUGAGGAUUCUUUCUUUAAUCAACAUCAAAACACUUUUGGACUACAAAUGAUUUGUGAGUAUUAGGCACCGUUGCGUUGGCUACGGAUGCCCUCCUUGUAUGCUACCACGGAGAAUGGUGAAAGCAUGUCACAUGACCCAUGGUGCCAGACUUCAGUGUUGCACUAUUAAGUGGCCUGCCAACUGCAGAGGGGGACAGAGAGCCUUCCUUCUCCUCUGGAUUCACAUCCAUGCGAAACCAGCGGGUCAACAUUGUCCUCUGCGCUGCCUCCUAUGCCUCUUACGCCUCCUGCUGAGCCGGACCAGGAACCGAAGAUGAACUGGGCAUCGUUUUAUGCUGUCAUCAGCGGCGUGAACAGACACUCGACGGGCAUUGGUCGCAUCUGGCUCUCUGUCCUGUUCAUUUUCCGCAUCCUGGUUCUGGUGGUGGCAGCGGAGAGUGUGUGGGGCGACGAGAAGUCCGGUUUCACCUGCAACACCCAGCAGCCGGGCUGCAACAGCGUCUGCUACGACCACUUCUUCCCCAUCUCCCACAUCCGCCUGUGGGCGCUUCAGCUCAUCCUGGUCUCCACCCCCGCCCUGCUGGUCGCCAUGCACGUGGCCCACCGGCGCCACGUUGACAAGAGGCUCUACAAACUGUCAGGAAGGACCAAUCCCAAAGACCUGGAGCAGAUAAAGACCCAGAAGAUGAAAAUCUCAGGGGCUCUGUGGUGGACGUACGUCAUCAGCCUGUUGUUCCGCAUUGUCUUUGAGGUCACCUUCAUGUAUCUGUUUUAUAUGAUCUACCCUGGUUACAAGAUGAUCCGGUUGGUGAAGUGCGACUCGUACCCGUGUCCCAACACGGUGGACUGCUUCGUGUCGAGGCCCACGGAGAAGACGGUCUUCACCGUCUUCAUGCUGGCUGUAUCCGGGGUUUGUAUUCUGCUCAACAUUGCAGAGGUGAUCUUCUUGGUGGGGAAGGCCUGCAGUAAACAUCUGCACGCUGCUGGAGACUCGACUGUUGGGGCUUGGAUCCAACAGAAGCUCUGCUCGUACUAAUAGAACACACACAUUUCACACUUGAACAAGCGGACAUGUAUGUGACCUUAGAUCCAAGCGACAGGCAUUUAUUUAACUUGUGUGUUAGGUGCUUAUUAUUUAUGUUGCAGUCGGACAAGUAGUAUUAUUGUAGCAUUGAAGGAUUGUUCAACAACGGCACUGUGAAGAAUUCCCACAGGGAUUACAGUUAACACAUCCUCUUAUCAACGGCCCUUUGUAAUGACAUAAAAUAACAGCUUGAUGUUAGGCCAAAAAAGAUGAAUUAUGUAACAUUUUAUGAUGAAAUAUGCCAACUAACCGUAUUACAGGCUUUCCUUGUCAUGGACUUUGAUAUUGUAGACAUUUGUUUGAUCUUGAAAUGAAUAUAUUAAAUCAUGAAAUGUGAUACUUGGUAUUUAAAAUAAUCAGAGAAGUGUGGGGUAGAUACAAUGUAGUAAUAUUUUGGGCAUUUUCAUUUAUAAUAUUAUAUUAUUUACAUUAAAUAGGAUUGCAAACAUCCUGUGUUUGCCUUUACGCCUUGUAUUGGCUGGAGAUUUUUUUUCUAUACUUGUUAUUAGAUACGUAUAUUGACUAAUUCAUGAAUGACUUGUUAAACCAUUGAAAGUUUUUGUUUAAUACUGAUUCCGUACUUCCAUUGGAUAUAUAAAAAUGCAAACAAGUCAUAUCAAAGUA